CGCCAGAGUCAGACGUCAUAACUCUUUGCGUUAGUGAAGAAAAUUGCGGAGCUAUUUUAUGAAUAUCUGUUCAGUGUAGUAUAUUACCGUGUAUGCGUUUCCGAUUAAAUAAAUAUGUUAUGGCUGUUGUAAAACGACGUUGCGACGGAUGCUUUGGGAUGGGCUGCGCAGACCUAAUGUUAUAACUUGCUCUGUGUGGACAUCACCGCCACCGUGGAAGAAAACGGCAGGUCAUGGCACCAGGCCUACACAACGUCGGGCUCCAGCCCCCUUCCAGCACCACCCGAACACUUGUGCAAGGCCUGCGGAGGCCAGUUUGACCCAGUUAGAACGCAUGUCUGCGUGGACUGCAAAAACACUUUCUGCAGCCGCUGCUCCGUGCAGAUGGAUCUUGGGCCGCUGAUGUGCCACACCUGUCAGCGGCUCCACUGCACGUUUUUUGAGCGUGCGGAAUUGAUGCGACUGAAGGUGAAGGACCUCCGGGACUACCUCCACCUGCACGAGAUCCCUACACAGAUGUGUCGGGAAAAGGAGGAGCUGGUGGAGCUGGUGCUGGCUCAACAGACUCCCAGGGGCAGCGGCGGUGCCGAGUCUCGUUCACAGCCGGGUGGGCUUGCUGUGCCACCUCAUCCACUUCAAGAGGAGGAGGAAGAGGAUGGGGAAGAAGAAGAAGAAGAGGAGGAGGAGGAGGAGGAAGAAGAAGAAACAGGAGAGGAGGAGGAGGAAGAAGAAACGGGAGAGGAGGAGGAGGAGGAAGAAGUGGGAGAGGGAGAAGAAGAGGGGGAGGAUGAGGAAGAGUCCACAGACAGCGAGGAAACUCUGGUGCACAGCAGAAGAGCCUCCCUGUCAGACCUGAGCAGCGUGGAGGACAUCGAAGGCCUCAGCGUGCGGCAGCUAAAGGAGAUCCUGGCUCGCAACUUUGUGAACUACCAGGGUUGCUGUGAGAAAUGGGAACUGAUGGAGAAGGUCACUCACCUCUUUAAUGAUCAGAAAGACCUUCACAACCUGGUUUCAGUUUCAAAAACGAACAAAAAAGAAGCUGACCCAGCUGAGCCCAGCGGCCAGGAGGACAAUCUGUGUAAGAUCUGCAUGGACUUUCCCAUUGACUGUGUGCUGCUUGAGUGUGGACACAUGGUCACAUGCAGCAAGUGUGGGAACCGCAUGAACGAGUGUCCCAUCUGCCGACAGUACGUGGUUCGAGCCGUGCAUGUCUUUAGAUCAUGAAGUACAAAUUGAUGGCUUUAAUUUUUACUUUUUUAUUUCUUAAUCUCUGUCAGUGUUUACACACAUACUUUGAUGUUGUUCUUAAUUGCUGCAUCAUUUAUGUUCACAUGAUUUAAAGUGCACUGUUUUGUCUGUUUUUGGUGCAGCUUCAGUUGUUGUGUUUUUUUUUAUUUGUUGACCUUUACCAAGUGGCUGAUAAGUUGCACUUUCAAGUUAUUAUUGAGGCAUCAUUUUUCAUCAGUUCCGUUCUAUCCAUUUUUCUACAAUUGGAUUUACUACACUAUAUAAAUCAUAACGCAAUCAAACAAGGUUUAAAGGAAGGUUGUAUAAAUGAGUUUAAAUAUAAAUGUAUAAAUGACCACUCAUUUUUACUACACAUACGAACUUAAAAUAUCUUUAUAAUUAACAAUAUUUGAGGGUGCAGAAAACACUAGGCUUUAAGAACUAGACAUUUCUGGGAUUUGAAAACAGGGUAAGAUGGUUCACCUUAUAUUUUAUUUAAAGCACCGAGUGUUAUGUUGUUUAUUUACGUUUUAGUCUUUACAAUAGAUCACUUUGCCCUUAACUGCUUUUAAAUCACUGGUUUAAUGUGAUUGCACUGAUAUUCCACUCAAAUGUUACACAGCAGUGUUUGAACCUUUUUCCAGUGAGUAGGUGCUAAUUUUAGACACAUUUUACACACUUCUAGAUCACAGACCGUCCCACUCUUUGUCUCGCAUGUUGCUCUUGAGACUUGGCAAAUAAUAUGUGGCAGAAUCAGCUGCUUUCAAAUUACAAAAAGACAUAAGUACAUUCCUCAAGUUCCUCCACUGUUUUUAGUAUUGCUAUUAAUACUAACCGGUUAGUGUUUCAAGGUGCUCAUUACUGCCUACAGUUACUGUUGUUGUAUUAUGAAGUGUGUUCAUUUAAUAAAAUGUUUUCACAGAGUGA